UAUGGCAAUGAUUCAGAUACUUAUGCAAUUAUUGGAGAAAUCUAAGGAGAGCAAUGCAUUUAGGAUAUGUAGAGGAUAGAGAGAUGAAAACCAACUAGAAUAUAAUACAGUAGUCAUCUGCAGCACAAAUUAAAACAGGACUCUCUCUCAAACACUUUGAAAAAGAGAACAGGUCUCUCUCAAACAAAAAUAAGCCUUUGAAAAGGAGAACCACCUCAGAAGGAUUUCAGAUAAUCCAUCUACUGUUAAAAAAAACCAGUGGGGACCAUUGAAGUGGAUCAUUUGAGUCAUCAAAAAAAAAUUUCGCUUUGGAGAAAGUAACUUUGAAUUGCAUCAGCCUGGACUGGAUUGAGAGCCGUGCUCGCAGAGAUAAAAUAAUCCAACAUAACCCCACGCAACUUAUUUCCUCUUCCUCCUCUUUCCCUUGUUCCCCUCCCAAAACAUUCCCCUUGCUUAAUAAUGACACCCCAUGAAAACGAACUGUACCUCCCAUCAAGCACUUCAAUCCCUCAAGGGACCCACAUCUCGUAAUGCUUUCCCAACCACAUGAUACAUGCAGUAAUCCCAUAAUCCUACCAUGCACCAUCCAUGAGCCAGUGUUCAGCGUCCCAGCCCUCUCACUUCAUAAAUAAAGCUUGUCGCUGUUAGCCAACCAGCACCCAGCUUAAUGGCCGUCGCACCUGGCGGAUAUGAUGUUAUCAAGGGCCAUCAUUCCCACAUCGAUGUCUGAUCAAGAUCGGACAGUCGUGAUGGAGAUGGUUGUCGAAAGGCGUUUGGUAGAUAUAUACAUAAGAAAACACAUGCAUGCAUGACCUAACAUCCAUCAAGAUGGAUGUUGAUCUCAUGUAUGUGCAUGUCUUUGUUUCUGCCUGUAACAAGCUGAGGAACAGUUCCCAAGCGGGCCUUCACCACCCUUAGCUUUUCACGCUAUAAAUCUCCCUACCACCCUUGAUGCUUCCCUCCCUUUCUCUCAAACAGCUCCCGUAUCAACUCAUCCCCUCGUCCCUUCCCAAGAACCUUGUCUUCCUACUCUUUGAAAAGUUAUCACCAUGCAGCCAGGUGAGGUUGCCAGCAUUAGAUAUCUUGCGCCACCAAACCCGCCUUCUUUCCAAGCUCACUACAACAUGUCGCAGAACAACAUCCCCUCCUUCCAGUUUAGCAGUCUCUUUGGACCUUACGCCAUGCACCAAGUACCGACCAUUCCUCCGAUCCAUGAAAUCAGCCUUCCAGGUUCGUGCCUUGGCAAUAACUCGACUUCAGAUGAGGCAGAAGAGCACCAACAGAGCCUGGCUGAGGAGAGGAGGAAGAGGAGGAUGAUUUCCAAUAGAGAGUCGGCACGCCGGUCGCGCAUGAGAAAGCAGAAGCACUUGAGCGAGCUCUGGUCGCAGGUCAUCCAUCUCCGAGCUGCCAACCGUCAUCUCCUCGAUGAGCUGAACCGCGUGAUGACGGAUCAUGAUCAGAUCCUCCACAAGAAUGCCCAGCUUAGAGAUGAAGAGUCUGAGCUUACAAAGAAACUCGAGGAACUUCGAGUGGAUGACACUAAUGGUGCUCUACGAGGUCUUGGAGAGCCCUACAGCACUGCUCACAUCAGAGCUGAACCCAAGGACCAACAGAUCACUGCAUCCUUGAAGCUGCUUCACUGAGGGAGAUCUUUUUUCUUGUUCUCGCUUCCCUCAUUGUCCUCCUUUUGUUCAUGUGGUGUAUGAAGAAGAUUAGUCUCUUGAUCAGAAUUCCACUGAAUCUGAG